AUGCACCCGCUCAAGCAAGAAAAUGCUUCUCAUGAGGAUAUACACAGUCACAUGGAACUCGCUCCAGGUCCCUCGGCCUCUUGGCUGUCUGUUGCGGUGACGUGGCUUCGGCAAAUGACCAUUUUCAAGGCUCUCCUCAUUGUUUACUACCUCAACGUGGUAGCAUGGGGAGGAAUGAUCUUUUUGUUAAUGUGCAACGCGGCACCAGCCAUGUGCCAUCCGACCUGCGAUGACAUCAACUCCCCACGCAAAAAAUGGAUCGAAAUAGACUCACAGAUCCUCAAUGCCCUGUUCUGCAUACCGGCGUUUUGGCUCACCCCUCGACGGUGUAUCGAGGUCUGGAAAGCUUUGCAGUACACGACGAGACAAGACACGACGGCCUUGCGCCAGCUGGCUGCGGCAUACCGGGAAUGGUUUCGACUUCCUGGAUCUGAAUCUCUACCCGCUCACAUAGGCCCAUUCCAAGUUGAGGCUUGGCUCCAUCAAGCCUCAUCUCUAGACAUAGUGCCUUAUCCGGUACGAAGUGUUCCAGAGCCACCACCGUCUGGGCGACGAGCCACGCCGACUCGACUGUGGAAACUGCAGGCAGUCGUUGGAUUGAAUCUGUUGAUCACGAUAUUCCAGGUUAUUCUCUCCAUGUUUAUGUGGUGCUACAACCGGCACAAUCGACCAGGUUGGUCUGUGGGACUGUUUCUCUGUCUAGCCUUUGUGUUAUCAAUAGGUGCAGGCGUAGUGCAGUUCCUUGAGAGAAAAGGGGUUCAGCGGGUCGAGGGGAAACCCGAUCCAGAGGCGUUGAGAAUCGAAGAUGAGGAGCUUGAGUUGGUGGAUCGUCAGAAGUUCCUGAAUAGCAGUCAAGUUGAAGCAUCACGGUAG